AUGGCCUAAAAAAAUAUUGCAAACGAAGAGAAAAACAAAUUGGGUCCUACAUUAGAAUUUUGCAAACACGAUAAGAAAAUAAGAAAAUAAAAAAAUUGGGUCCUACACGUAACCAUGGAUUUUGGGGUGACUCACUGAAAAUUCAACGAGAAACGUGGCUUACAUCCACAUUUCAAUGUUAAGCUCUCCCACUACCUUGAUUCGGUUAAGUUUCUCAUCUCUCUCUCGGAACACUUAGGGACACAUGUUUUGUUUCUUUUUGGCUAAAGAGAGACAUAUUAUGCUUAGAACCUUGUGUGAGGAUCAUUUGUGAAGUCAUUUCUCCCCCUUCUUUGGUGUGUUCUUUACGUGUUUCUUUGUCUGCUUGUUCAUUUUGAAGAUAAGCCUAAAAAUGGAAGUUCUUGGCUUUCUUGGAAAUCAGAGUGUGAUUUAUGUGGGUUUUGGUUCUUGGAUCCAUUUCUUCUGAUUCCUUUGGGAUAUGACCUUGGCAAUAAGAGGCUUAUAUGAUUCUGGAGCUUUCAAGUUUAUAUCGAUUAGUUGGUGACAGAUGAUUGAAAACAAAGUUGUCUGCCAUUGGUUUGCUUUGUUAGAUUAGAGGCUCAAGAUGGAUGAUACAUCUGCCAAUGCUCAGAAGGAUGGCCAGGGUAAAGAGGAUUCAUUGCAUAGCUUGAACCAUGGAAGAGAAUUAUCUGGUGACAAUGAGCCGGACUGUUCCCAAUCAAAAUCGGAGAGGGUGAUGAGAAGGGUAUAUUCACAUCACUAUCUGCAUUUAAAAGUUAAGCAAUUGCAACGCAGUAAAAGUUGCAUCAAAGAUUCAUUCCUUAGAGGCAUUCAUGUCUUAGACAAUUGGAUUCCAAAGCAUAUAACAACAAUCGAUGAGAAAUAUCUUCGUCGUUGCCUGGAAUUUAUACAUGCCAGCACUUCUCAGUCGGCUCCAUGCAAUGCCUCUAUGCACUUGGAUUGGGGAAACAUGGGUUUUUUCUCUGAUGGCCUGAAUAUAGCUAAAACUGGGAGUGAAAAUACAUAUGGUUUGGCCAGGUUUGAUUUUGACUGUCCAUUAGCUGGGACUGGGAAUGUGGUCAUUAGCCCAGCGGAACAGUGGAUUGUUGGUUCGAUCAUGGGUAGCAAGAGCAUGGUGAAUAUACUAAAGAGUCCUUUAUUGCUCCGGUAUGGUUCAUAUGACGGUGAUGCCAAUUUUGAGAAAGUGAGUUCCAGCGAGGUUAAAGGACCAAUAUGUUUUAAUUUGAUGAACUCUCCUAGUGGAUUACGUAGUUAUUCACCACACAAGCUUGAUAAAGAAGCACAAAUUCCUGGAAGCCAUAAAUUUGGAUCAGAGACUUUGCACAAAAGGCUUAUUUCUAUGUCGAGCUCAAACUCUACAUGUUCUGAUCAGUCUUCUUCUUCUCCGUCUGCUUCUGUUACUCAGGGGACCCUCCAAUGCACAUGGAAGGGUGGAAACCCACAUUUUGUCUUCUCCAUAGACAAUCAGAAGUUGGUCUAUGUGGCUAACUUGUAUAAUGUUGAUUCAGCAGAUGAUAAGGCUCUGGAGUAUGUGUAUUUAUUCCAUUCAAGAAAAGGUUCCCAAAAGGAACAUAUGAAUCAUGAUAAAGAGUCGCACCUUGUAGGUAAGAUGAAGGUGUCAACUUCUUUUGCUCUUUGCCCAAAAAAUUCAAGAAUCACGCAGAGAGAAUUUGUUUUAUUCGGUUAUGAAAAUUACGUGGGAGAGUGGCAAAGUUCAAGCCAUGACCUCAGGAAGAACAAGGGAUUGUCAAGCAGGGUGGCAGAAGUGUUCAGGACCAGUAACUCAUCCAAGAGGAGAACUAACUCCAGAUUUGGUGGAUCCGGUGCCAUACUGGAGAAUUCUUCUUGGGAGCCAUUUCAAGAGAGAGAUAACAACAUCGAUGCACUUGGUGGCACCAAUCUUUUAGAAAAUCAUCUUCCACCAAAUCUUGAAUUGGCUGCCAUUUUGGUGAAAGAUCAUCUCCCUGAAAAGCGUCAGGAGAAGGCUGGAGGUUGGGGCUUGAAUUUUCUCAAGAAAAUGGCUGUAACACAAGCAGAAGAUGUGAAAUCCUCAGUGCUCCCUGCCUGUUGUGCCCAAGAUAGUGGUGAUUGCUCAACAAGCAUUGAUAUUCUCAUUCCAGCUGGUCUUCACGGAGGUCCAAGGACCAGAAAUGGUGGUCCUUCUAGUCUUAUUGAUAGGUGGAUAUCAGGUGGACACUGUGACUGUGGUGGCUGGGACCUAGGCUGUCCAUUAACAGUACUUAAAAGCAGAUCAGCCCACAAAGAGUUUUCAUCUCAAGCAGAUACGCAAGGGGAGUGCAAGUUAGUUGAUUUAUUCAUAGAGGGUUCAGAGAAUGGUGCCCCCCCCAUGAGUAUGGUGAAUGUCCAUGAUGGCUUGUAUUUUGUGCACUUUCAGUCAACAUUGUCAGCUCUGCAGUCCUUCUCAAUUGCAGUAGCAUUUAUCCAUACCCAAAAAGUCCCAGUCUCCAACCAAAAUAUGUACAGGAGUUGACAUAGAAAGAUUUGUGGUUCAGCUUGAUCUAGUUGUAACUCCCCUACUGUAUCACAGCACUUUGUAAGUCAAAAUUUAAGUAAUUUAUACAUGAAGUAGGUUGUUCAUUUUUGAAGUCUUUUGUUUUGAUAGAAUGUUUAGGAUCAUAAUGUUCUUGCUGGUGAUUGGGAUUGGUUAUCCUUUGACUUUCGGUCAAGAAACUCAUGUAACCUCUAUUCUAUGAUUGAUUGUACAAUUAUUUUUUAUGAAAAGACAUAUUUUUUUAUGAAAAAAUAA